AUGGCUCGUGGGCGGACGAAAUGGAAGACAUGCCUCUACCUUGUACGGUCCCUGAGGAAAUCUAGCUCUGAAGACGCUCUCAUUGACAUUUCCGGUGCACCUGCAGCCUCAGACAGUAGACCUAGCUAUGGGUCAGAUCGACGUGGUUUCAGCUCCACGGCUCCAUCUGGUGGUGACAGAUUCGCCGACAGAAGAGACGGCUACCCCCCUCGAGAAGCACUCCCUCUCCCUACUCAACCUCCAUAUACCGCACAUCUUGCCAACCUCUCCUUUGAUGCGACCCAGGGGGAUGUCAAUGACUUCUUCAAUGAAUGUCAGGUCACCAAUGUUCGCAUUGUUGAAGACAAACUUGACCGCAAGCCCAAAGGCUUCGGCUAUGUCGAAUUUGCAACAUUGGAUGGGUUAAAGGCCGCCCUGAACCUGAGUGGUAACAAUCUUGCAGGACGACAGGUUCGUGUCAGCGUUGCCGAGCCACCCAAAGAGCGACAGGAUGCCCGCGAUUUCAGUGACUGGUCACGAAAAGGCCCACUCCCAGAUUUACCACAGAACCAACGACGAGUCUCUGACCGACCCAACUUUGGCGCGAAAAAUUUCGACAAUAUGUCGGACGCUGGUAGCGAACGCGCACCCCGUCGUGGGUUUGAGCCAGCACAGGGAGAUGGAAAGAAUCGGGACUUCUCAAACUGGGAGAGAAGAGGCCCUCUUUCUCCAGCCACGCCCGCCCCAACCUCUCUCCGUGAGGGUGGCCGGCAACAGAGCAAGGAUGCUCAAGGAGGCUUCCGCAAGAACUCUCCGGCUUGGGGAGAGGGUCGCUCUCAGGAUGGUUCUCGCCCACCAAGGCGAGAAUAUACUGAAAAGCCAGUACCGGAACGUCAGCCCACGGCAUCCGAGAUGGACAAUCAAUGGCGCGCUAGAAUGAAGCCAGACGCACCAGCAAAGGUUCCUACUCCUGAAGCAAGUGAGCCAUCUUCGCCAGCCCCAUCUACCGUUGCUCCUGCGGGACGACCGAGACUGAACCUACAAAAACGUACGGUCUCGGAAGCCGAUCCGCUGGCGUCUCCAGCCGCGACUGAUUCAAAGGCAAGUCCUUUCGGAGCCGCUCGACCUGUCGACACUGCUGCAAAGGAGAAAGAAGUUGAGGAGAAAAGACAAAUUGCAAUUCGUCAGAAGAAGGAAGCAGAAGAGAAGAGCCGGGCUGAUAAGGCUGAGGAGAAACGCCUUGCAAAGGAAAAAGCCGAUGCUGAGAAAGCUAAGGAGCCAUCUGGAAGUGAGCCAAAAGAGCUGGCGGACUCUAAGAAUGGUGAAGAAGAAAAUGCAGACGCCACCCCCAAAAUCGACAUUCUGCGACGAGCUGAUGGAACCAAUGACAUGGUUGCUGAGGAAGACAAUGAAGAGGAAGGCGAGGCAGCUCUGCCGGUGGACGACAAGGCUGUGAAGCCCAGAGAAGUGGUUCGAAACGUGGGAUCUACUCGUGCCAACGGAUCAUGGAGAGGUGGCAAAUCACCUGCUACUCCUGAAAACACCACUCCCACAGCCGCUGCUCUAGAAGAAGAUGGUUGGAGCACAGUGUCGAAACCAACCAAACAACGCAACAAUCGCCGGAAUGCGCCAUCGAGAGCUCUGGCCUCAUGA